AUGGAGCAUUCUGCAGCAGUAUCGGACUUUAGAGCAGCAACUGAAAUUACAAAGGAUCAAAAUGGAAUAGGUCAAGUUGUGCUUCGGACUCCACAAGGCGCUCCAGAACGGGUGAGCUUACUUGGAGCACAGGUCACUUCACGGUGUAAUGAGCAGAGGGAAGAACUUCUAUUCACAAGCAUUGUAACCAAUUUUACUUUGUAA